AUGUGGCCGUCUUCCACGCUCCUUUUACCAUUUCUUGCCCUGCGACUUGCAGUGGCCGAUGCGCAGGCUUUGUCAACCGUCACUUAUGGCCCUGGUGGACUAUGUCCCGCGCCGUCGACUACAAGUGUCGUCGUUGUACAGCAAGCCGUCUACAGCUCUUUCUUUCAAUCUGCAUCGCAGAUCAACAAUAUCUUCGGCGAUGGAAACACGAUCAUGAUUAACAACGCUCCAACGACGUACAUUACCACUUCAUAUAUCACGACAACGAUAGUUACUACGGUUAUGACGACUACGGUCAGUCCUACAGCGCCGAUGAGCUCUUCCACGUCCGCCACCAGCAGUGUGGCAGCUGGACCGAUCACGCAGACAACCAGCGCUGCUCCAGGCUCCUCCUCAACUCCGAUGUUCAGCACCAUGUCUACUACUGGUUCUUCAGCAGGUGGUACUUCUGGUCCCACCACGACUCAACGACAGACCUUCGCUCCGGUGGCACCUCCAGCGGCGACGACAACAACUCCACCAGUUCUGACUAUAACCACGACUGAUGCUAAUGGAAACACAAUUACGGUGACGACUACGCAGCCGACUUUCACAUUGGGCGAGGGCCUGCCGACCGGAACUGUGAGCGAUAUCCCUGCGACUUCGCCCGUCAUGCUUGGCUUCUCUUUUGGCGGGGCUGGCGCGAAGGUGAAGCGAGAAGCGUUAAAUAGACAAGAAAUGAAAAGGCAGGGCUCCACGCUCGAUAACCCGCCGCCUCAGGGACUGCUCCAAGGCCAGUCUGGAGAAGCAGGCAACAAUUGCGGUUUUGCGACCAGAUACUACCUGGUGGGCGGUAUGCUGAUGAGCGGAAACGAGUCCGUAGGACGCAACUUGAGCGACAUUUUUGUGGUCAUUACGCCAGAACCAUAUUACAACGAUGUCAACACCACGUUCUUCUUCGCUAACGGCGUCCUGGGUUGGAAUACUACAGAUCAGGGUGCAGCAACAUUCUAUCAAUGCGGCGACGGCUUGAUUUAUGCCGGAUUCCCUAAUCCCACACAAGAUAACUGCUAUCCCAUCACAAUCGGAGGUAUUGCAGCUGCGGCUUGUCCGGCGGACUUCACCAAUGAUCCAGUCCCUCCUCCGGAUACAAGCUCAUCGACUGCUUCUACAACUACGACCGUGGAGCAAGGAACGUCUACGACAGAAAUAUCCACCACAAUCCAGCCGACUCUUGAUUCAACCACAACUCCAGUCUCAAGCACCCCAACGGACGUCAGCUCAUCGGACAGUUCUUCGCCAAGUUCAGAGACAACUCCUCCCUCGACUGCACCAGCAUCUUCGCCCUCGACAUCUCCAAGUCCCAACGGGCCUGUCUCAACGUCGCAGACCACUGUGGCAGCGCCAGGCUCGACCUCCGCUACAACUGGCGUAACGACUGUGACGGUCGCUCCAACCACCGUUGUGUCUCCUUCUGUCUCAACCACGUUGCCGAGUGUGCCGGUAUCUAGUACCUCUCCGCUAGCAUCGCCUACCACCACACCAGGCGUCAGCACCAGCAGUCCAUCCGCAAGCUCUGCUGGGGUUGUGAGCGUAGUGACUACUUCAACAGCUUUGGUUGGGGCCUCUAGUACGAUGUCUUCGUCGGGAAGUCAAACUAGCCCUGCAUCUUCCCAACCUGGAACGAGUAGCGGACCUGCUGGUGGAUCAAGCACUACCUCAGUGGUUGGUCAGAGUUCAAGCUCGACUACGUCUCCUUCGUCAAGCACGACUCAUAGUAUUUUCUCCGGAUGGAACUUCGUCUCCAUCAUCGACGACCUCAGUCUCCCCAACCGGAGCAAGCACGAAUUCGGUGGCCACAACUACUCAAAGCAUCCCGCCGCCAUCAUCCUCUUUUGCGUCCAGUAUAACAGCCCCAAGCUCUUCCACUGCACCCUCACAAUCCUCAACUACUUCUUCGUCCCCAUCGGCUACCACAUCUACCAAUGGUGCACCCGCGUCGACCACGAUCAGUACGUCACUUCCUACAACUACAGUGAGCCCGGUGACAAGCUCAACCGGUCUGAUCACGAGUAUAUCAACACUGGUCACGACUUCCUCCGCCUCAACCACAACAACUUCCUCUGUUCAGCCAGCUUCCACCAGUUCGAACGGCGGUACGAGCUUGAGCACUACUUCGACGGUGACACCGACAACUACUAG